UGUGUGUGUACGGGGGGGGGGGGGGGAGAGCGCGAGGCAGCCGUGCUCACGGAUGUGCCCAGCACCAGGGUACUCCCCUCCUUCCCUUGGGGCACGCUGUGCCCCUGGCCCACGGGCGGAGGGAGGGCAGGGCUGGGCCGGGCCGGGCCGGGGGCAGCUUUGUCACUCGCUCGCCGGUGUCCGCUCGGAAGGGGAAGGGGGAGGGGAGGACUGUACCCGGCAGCGCUGACAGCCGGGGCGCGGGGUGGGGAGCACCCUACACCCUCAGCCCCCGCGCCCUCCUGCCCGCGGCUCCCGGGGCGGAGGGGAGCGAGCCCUGCGGUGCCCGGCAGGCAUCUCGCCAGGCGACCCCUCGGGAGGGAAAGGGUUGGGGGAAACUUCCGCGGGGGCUGGGCAGCGGGUGGGGAGACGGCAGUGGCGGGGCAGGGCGGUCGGCGCGGUUAUGCCAUACUCCAGCACCAAACGACCAGCGGGUGCCUCCGCGCUGUGGUGGGGAUUUGGCGUCGGCGUGGCUUUUAUAACCACCCCUCGUUAGCAUAGCGCCGCUCGCCCCGCCCCCAGGCGUGCUGAUAGGUGGGCGCCCUCCCCACGGGCCGGCCGCGGCCCGCCUCCUCUCGGUGAUUGGGCCGCAGGGCUGGUCGUCCCGCCUUUCGCCCCGCCCCCUUAUGACGUUUCGAGAAGCAACUUUUCUGUGGCGUUGAUUUGAAUAUCUCGACCUGACCCGGCCUCUGGGCUCCGAUUGGCUGGAGCGCCAGCAGCGGGCAGGCCAACCUUGGGCGUCCGGAGGCCGGCGGCGUCGAGGGAGGGCGGAAGCGGCUCGGCCCGCCUCCUCCCGCUCAGAUUCUGAAGGACCUGGAUGACUACUAUGAAAAAUUUAAACGAGAGAACGAUGCCGUGCAGAAGAGGAGAAUGCUGCACUGCAUACAGAGGGCGUUGAUUCGGAGCCAGGAGCUGGGAGAUGAGAAGAUCCAAAUCGUCAGUCAAAUGGUAGAGCUUGUCGAGAACAGAUCCAGGCAAGUGGACAGCCAUGUGGAACUGUUUGAGACUUGCCAAGAGACUAACGAUACCACUGGAAACAGUGGGAAGGCCAGCCAGGAUAAGUCAAAGAACGAGACAAUCGCUCAAUCUGAAAAGCCCAACAAUAAAAGGUCAAGGCGGCAAAGAAAUAAUGAGAAUCGAGAAAAUGCUUCAAAUAAUCAUGACCACGAUGACAUCACUUCGGGAACUCCAAAGGAGAAGAAGGCAAAGACAUCCAAGAAGAAGAAACGAUCCAAGGCUAAAGCAGAGCGGGAAGCUUCUCCCCCAGACCUUCCCAUUGAUCCUAAUGAGCCGACAUACUGCUUAUGCAACCAAGUCUCUUACGGAGAAAUGAUAGGAUGUGAUAAUGAUGAGUGCCCCAUUGAGUGGUUUCACUUCUCGUGCGUGGGACUCAAUCAUAAACCGAAGGGCAAAUGGUACUGCCCCAAAUGUAGGGGAGAAAAUGAGAAAACUAUGGACAAAGCGUUGGAGAAGUCUAAAAAAGAAAGGGCCUACAACAGGUAGUUUCUAGACUUUUUGUGGCAAAGGAAAAGAAAACCACCAAACCAGUGUAUUUAUUGUCAGUGUCACCUUUGUUGAGGUGAAAGGAUUGUAAAAUGUAUAUUUUUAAAGGAGGUUUAAAACUGAACCAUUCCUGUUACAGGGACGGCAAUAAGAGCAGUUUUGUUUUUCAUUUGGUAAGCUGUAACAAGAAUAUGGUCUGUGGACCAAUGUAUUCCAAAAGUAAACUUAUAAGAGUUUAAACUAAAUAUCCAGGUGGGUCUUAAAAGAGAAAUUAAUAACGUUGUUUUUUUUUUUCCUCCCAGUGCUUGUAGCACAGCAACCAUUAAAAUUCUGACGCCAAAUAUUUCUGAAAUGUAAUUUCUUUUUUCCUUCUGGAAGAAUGUUAUUUACAGUUGAGCAAAGUUGUUAAAGUAGUUUAGCCCUCUGGUUGUAUCUGAAUAAAGCUGCAAUGUAUUACAUCUGUCACUUCUUUCGGUGAUGAGCAGUGCGAGGUCAAAGGGAAGGAGGGUAGAAUUUGGUUCCUGCUACAAAGUGCCAGCUAACAGUUCAACGGCAAAUGUUUUAAUAGGCUUAGAGGAUUAUUUAAAAGAGAAGUUAAUGGUUAAAUUUUACACGACAAAUAUUUUAUAUUCUGGCCGAGUACCACAAGAGCAAUUUUAAAAUGAUCGAAUAUGUUUUAUAUUUAACCAGGAAGUGGUUUAGUAAUGACUUAACAGAAAUGAAGCUUUAUACUGUCACCGAUAGUAGCGUAGCAAUCCUUAAUUUGUUUAAGUUGUAUAAAUGUAAAUUUUAAGUGGAAUUGCACUUAAUGUAUUAUACUCGGAAGUGCAGCCAAAUGCCAUUGUGUAACCAAUGUGCAUUUCCUGCUGUAUGUAUGAAAAUUGUACAGCUGUGAUAUUAAGAAAUAAAUGAAACGACUUUGACAGUU